AUGCCAAAGCUUCAUGAAAACUCACAUCGAUCAAAUGAAGAAAGUAGAAAAGGAUUUCCUACAGACCACACCGGUAAUAUGAUCGCCUCUCCCAUGAAUGCAUUUCCUGCGCCUACUGCUAGUUAUAUGGGCUUUCUGUCUCCCUCAGACUCGUCGUUUUCAGCCAACCACAGGUAUUGGUCUUCUAAUCCUCAGAUACCUUCAUUUGAGCAACAGGCUUCUCAUGAAAAGAACCGAUAUGGAUGUAACAACUCAAAAAUUGACAUAUCCGACGUUAAGAAAACUCUGAAAAGUUUAGAGCAUAUUUGCACCCUCACGAGUCUUGAUGACACUGCUUAUUUACUAUUCACUGAAUAUGAACUGUCGCUAGAGGGCCUUAAACUGUCACCACCUCGUAGCAAGAAAAUUCGUUGUAAGCAAACUAAUGUCCCUCUUGCUCAUAUAGACGCUGUGCAAAUGAAAAUGGAGCUUCAAAGGAAGCAAAAACCUAUGCGUGGGGACUGA